ACGGCGACGACGACGACGACGACGACGAAUUGAUGCCUGCGAAGACGGACCCGGCGAUGAAGACGGCGGAGGAGGGACCCAAGUCGUGGCUCCCUGCGAUUCCCAAGCCUGUCAAACGUCUCUUCGACCAGUUCCCGCUGGUGACUUAUCCCCCCAACACCGCGCCAGCGAGCAGCUACAGCUACAGCGCCAGCGCCAGCACUGCCAGCACCGCCAGUCCUGCCUCCAGCACUGCCAGCACCGCCAGUCCUGCCUCCAGCACGAGCACCGACGCCAAUGUGGGCGCUAACGGGCGGCCAGACGAGCAUCGGCUGUAUAUUUUCACCAGCGCGGACGCUGCUAGGAAUGGACGACCAUCGGUGAAUCCGCAGUGUCUCAUGUGGCAGGCAUAUCUCAGGUUCCGCGGGAUAGAAUUCCGUACGAUUCCUUCCAAUAAUCAUGCUUCCCCCGACGGAGCCCUGCCUUUCCUUCUCCCCGCUGGGCCAGAAGGCGACUCGGAGCCGAGCUGUGUCGCCCCCAGCAAGUUACAGAAUUGGGCAGACACGAAUGCAAAACAUCAGUAUACAGAAGCGAAGAUCAGUGGGGUUUUAAGAACCUACAAGUCACUGCUAGAACGCAAUAUACGUGAUGCCUGGCUUUAUACCGUCUACUUGGAUAGCUCCAAUUUUGAGUCAAUCGCAAAGAAGGCAUACGUGAACCCCUCCACAAAGAAUCCGCUGGUGCGCGCAACUCUCGCAUAUCAGCUUAAGGAGGCAGCAAAGGACCAGCUGCACCGGAAAGAUACUUACAUCGACCCAGAAGAUAUACUCUCCGAAGCAAAGGAGGCCUUCAAUUCGCUUUCUUACCUACUAGGCGACAACGUCUACUUCACGCACGGCUCCACACCAUGUUGGUUUGACGCUUCUCUUUUUUCAUAUACCCACCUAAUCCUCGACGAGACGCUCGGCUGGAAAUACAACCCGCUGGCAUCAUUCCUCGAAGAACACCCUAAUCUUGUACAACACCGCCAACGAAUUUUAGACAAAUACUUCUAG